GCCGAGAGAACGGACGCACGAAUUUUCGUCCUCUCGGGCUCUCUUCGCUCGCCACGCUCGUCAUCGCUUAGCCCGUCUUUUCUGCCUAUCAUUUUCCAUAUCGACAGGCAGAGGCUAAAAUUGCCAACGACGCGACGCGUCGAACAAUCGACGUUUGGCGUCACGACGUCCGCCGUGCCGUUCCCCGCUCCGCUUCGCGAGCCGAGCCGAUUCCCGCCUCUCAUUUUUCUUCUCUUCUUUCCCAUUCUACGUGUUGCCCCCUCCACUGCUGUUGGCCGCCGCAGCCACCAGCUGGUUUGUUUCUGGAUACAUCAACGUUUCACCGACCCUUCGUAGGAGCCAGCUUUGAAUCUCUGAAGCCAGUCGGCAAUCGGUGGUGCUCACGAUUAGAUCCGUCUGCUGCGACAGACCGCUCUUCGACCGCUGUCUCGCCUGGAUCUUUAAUUGUUCUCCUUUUCUCCCCCGUUCCCCCCGUCUUCCGCGAACGAAUCAAUUUGCGUCGCAAUCGCGUUCGCCAGGCGAUUUUCGCUCAACUGCGCUCAACCGCGGAGCGCGUUCUCCAACAACGAGGAAUAUGAAUUGUACGGCAACGGAGUCGCGUGAACGAGCGCCAUCGGCUUCACCUUAGUCGCCCCCACCACUUGCAGGCAGGGUGCCUCUCUUGCGGUCCCCUCGUCUGGACCUGGGUAUACCCGGGCCCCGGCGGAUGUAAGACAGUCCAUUCCAUUCACCGCGAGGUGAUACCGAGGAGAGCAUCGGCGGAGGAGGAGGCGUUGUCCUCGCGCGAGCCGCGUGAACUGUGCCGAAUCGAGCAGUGCGACCGGCCAGUGAUGAUUGACAGUUAGUUGAUCAACGUUAGUUGACGAUCAGUGACGAUACGUCGUGGAAAGGGGCUUGGAGCGGGGCUCGCGCUUGAAACACCGACGGCGGCGACAGUGAAACGACGUAUGGAUCGUAAAAGAGAGAACGGCAAGCGCGAAGGCGCAAGAAACUGCGGAGCAAUGUGAAUAUGAAGACGUGAAUAUCGAGCUGCGCUGAAACUCCCGGCGAAUUGAUAUCGACGACGAGCGGGUCGCUCGGAUGUCGCUUUGUAUGCCGCGCAUGCCGAGCUGAAUGUCUCCACGAUGGUCUUCUUCGGGCGGAAAGAAAAGCUGGAGGAUCGGCGGCUGCUGGCCAGCAUGGACGCUGUGAACGGCGCGAAGAUCCAUCAAAUCGACAACGCCGCGUUCAUGCACGUGCGCGACAACAUCGAGGAGCUGGGCAAAGUCGCCGACGACACGGACCUGCUGUUCCUCAAGGGCCUCCUCGACAGCCCGGUCGUCACGUCGCUGGUGAAGGUCCAGGAGCGUCUCGAGGACCCGCCGGCGCCCGUGGAACCGGUAUGCUCGUCCGUUUGUGACAUCAUCGACGAGGUGUGUCACGCUUACCGCACCUCCGGCAAUCCGCAGGCCCGGGAACUGGUGAAUCUUCUGAGCAAGUCGCACCUCAGGGCUCUCUUGGAGACGCACGACGCGGUGGUGGAGCGCAGAGGGGCACCCGAGGCCGCUAAACCGAAUCCCCCGGCCGCGGUGACGAUGCCGACGAACGAGAGAACAGAGGCCGUGAGGGUGGUUGGCCUCAGAAGGCAGUCGGAUGAACCCUUGGGUCUGACGGUGCAGGUGGACGAGUCGGGCAACAUGAUCAUUGCCAGGAUCCUCGGCGGCAGCACAGCGGCUCGUCAAGGUCUCCUGAGGACCGGCGAGGUGAUACUCGAGGUGAACGGCAAGCAUGUGCGGAACCCGGAGGAGCUGCAGCAGGCGAUCCACAACGCCAAGGAGAAUCUGUCCCUGAAGCUCUCCCCGGGUAUCGCGACGGACGCGAACCGGCCUGUCAAGUCCACGUGUUACAUGAGAGCACUCUUCGACUACGACCCGUCGGACGACACGCUUUUGCCUUGCAGAGAGAUAGGUCUGUCCUUCCAGAAGGGCGACAUCCUUCAGAUCGUCGACCAAGCCGACCCAAACUGGUGGCAGGCGCGCAGGGUGGAAGGUGAAGGUCUUGGACCGCCUGGUCUGAUACCCUCAUUGGAACUGGAAGAGCGUAGGAAAGCCUUCGUGCCGCCCGAGGCCGACUUCGUUCACAAGAUCAGCAUCUGCGGCACCAGGAUCUCGAAGAAGAAGAAGAGAAAGAUGUACCAGUCCAAGUCGAACGGCGAGUUCGACGGUGCCGAGUUGCUCCUCUAUGAGGAGGUCGCGCGAAUGCCGCCGUUCCGGCGCAAAACCUUGGCCCUGGUCGGGCCGCGCGGCGUGGGCCGGCGGACCCUGAAGAACAGGCUGAUCAACAGCGACCCCGACAAGUUCGGCACUAUCGUACCUUACACGUCGAGGCCGCCCAGAGUCCUCGAAGAGGACGGUAAAAGCUACUGGUUUACCGAUCGUGAGAGCAUGGAGGCCGACAUUAGGGAGCACAGGUUCCUGGAGCACGGCGAGCACAGUGGACACCUGUACGGCACGAAACUCGACUCCGUGCGCGACCUGAUCAGAGCCGGUAAGAUGUGUGUGCUGGACUGCAGUCCGGCCGCCCUCAAGAUCCUCCACAACAGCACGGAGUUCAUGCCCUACGUCAUAUUCAUCGCCGCGCCCGGCAUGGAGCAGCUGAAGUCCCUGUACGAUCUCGGGAGAUCGACCGGCGCCAGCAGCCGGAACUUGACGUUCGACCGCCAGAGUUCCAUCAGGUACAGCUCGAGGAGAGCCCGGACGCUGGAGUCCCUCGCAUCACUAUACGAGGAGGACGACCUCAAGUCCACCCUGGAGGAAUCCGCUGCCCUACAGAGAGCCUACGAGAAGUACAUCGACUUGGUGAUCGUGAACGAGGACUUUGACCACACGUUCAGGCAGGUGAUCGCGGCUCUGGACGCCUUAGCCACUGAGCAUCAGUGGGUGCCGGUGAAUUGGAUCUACUAACCACUUCCCGUGUGCAGCAUUUCACGAGAGAACGCGCGGUACUCGUUGCUUGGAGCUCGAGCGUGUGGGAAUUAUUACGUAUAACGUCGAUACCAUCGCGCCGGGAACCGGCCGAGAUUACAUCGCACGAGCCGCAUAAAUGAAAGAGAAAACUCAUAAAAAGAGAAAAAAGGGAAGCGAGGCACAUUGUAAUUAGAGUACAAAGAACGUUACACUUCGUGCCGCCGCCUAGGAUUACCGACUUCACCGCGCCCGGAAGGGCCGUCCGAGAAUCUCAUUGCCGUUUAUAUGUAGUUAAGUACAAGAUAGAGUUUACGUUAGUUUACGUUAUAGGUUUACAAACGACCCGUUCUCCGUCUCCGUCUCCGUGGAAUCUCAUCAAAUAUCCGCGUGUCAAAGUACGUUACAAACCAUAUUAUAACGGAGCGCAGAAGCAUCUCAGACGGUGGAUCGGAAUCGCAGCGAGGGUAACCGAUCGCUUGUUCAAAAACGAAGAAUGCGAUCGCUGCGUUCGGCGGUGACGGAGCGCUUGACGAGCGAUCCGCUCGAAUUGGAUCUGGUCGAGGUCUACGACGACCUCGAAUUCGCGAGUCGAGCGUGUUAAAUGCUUCGUCGCCGUCGGACCCGACGGCGGUUGCCGUCGUCCUUUACGUUUGAAUAACGACGCGAAAAUCACAUCGCACGCUGCGUGCUUUUUACUGCCAACCUCUCUACAACGAUUGUAACGUUAGCAACGGGUCGAUUGAUUGAUGUAAGUGUUGUUAGACCGCCGUCCAAUUAAUUUUAGCGUACUUUUAAUUCUUACGUCGACUUUCAGCCGCGUAUACAUGUAUGAUGAUGAUGAUCUUUUCUAGUUGUCUAAUUGUCCAUUACCGCUCGUCUCGUUUCGUGCGCAUUCUCUGUCUCGUUUCGUUGCUCGUGCACGCGCUAAGUAUAUUCCUGGCAUAGAGUGCCUUAAUAGCACAAGCCUUAUAAAAUCGGGUUGAUGCGAAGACCUACUAUAUCGAGACAGACUCGUCUUACAUUCGGGUUUACGUAAGGCAGAACUAAUAAACGCGUUUUCUAACGUCCGACAGAGAGACAGAGACAGCCAUCACACACGACACACACGUAUACACACGACGCGCGCAGAAACACGUAUACAUAUGUAGACGCAAACCAAAUACAUCUGUAUGUUAAAUCGAGACGCAUGUCUCGAGGUGCAACGUAAUACACCAUGUGGAAUAAAAGUUUAUCGAACAUUUGUUACGAAUCAAGAA